AUGCCACUGCCACUGAAAGCUCGUGUUACUGUGCGCGACCUGUGGGAAUCUGAGAGCUCCGAUGCGCAAAAGGCUCUCCGCAGCGUCCAAGAAACAGUUGGCUGGCCGGUGCGAUGCAAUCCCGAUUUUGCCAUUCUAUUGGAAGGACUGCAGAGUGCGUACCAAGACGCAGGUGAGUUUGUGACGGUCGUCGCCGCACUUAUACGCAUCUGGUGCCAGGAGCUCGACAGUCUUUUGAGCGAUGCCGCCAACGAGGAGUGGGCAGAAAAAUUCCUCGAAAACAUUGGCGAAACUGGCAUCAAGACUAUAACACUCUUGGUCAAUAUUGGCAAGCCUGGAGUCGCGGGCACUACUUGGAGCUCGUCGUCGUCGACUUUUACCCUGGCGCUGCCAAGCACUCGCAUUACAUUUGCGCCUGAUCACGCUGCCGAGCUUCGCGCCGAUAUUUUCGGUGUAUUUGAAGCCAAGGAGUCACCUGCGCCAGACGGAUGGGCCGACCUCGGUGACCCCAGGCUCUCCCUUCCGGCCCGAGGGGCCGAUUCGAUUGUGGCACCGGUUCCUGCCAAGGGCGCCACAUUCUUACCAACGCUCAACGAUGUACCGCGGCCUGACGUCUUGCAGUUGCAACCGCCGUAUCGCUUGAUUGUGUACGAUCGAGGGAGCUGCAUCGAGGUACAAUGCAGCCACUCGCCGUCGCUAGAGCUGCUCGCGGGCUACUUGGAAAAGUGGUGCCGAGCCAUCCCCAGCCGCUCCGACCGUCCUCCCUUGAUGAACGUUCGUCUAAACAAGAGCGCAUUCGGUCUUGGAGUUGUUUACGACGCACUUACAAUUGCACCGCACGACAGCCGCGAGCUGACGCUGCUACCCCCAGUUCUCGUGCUGAAUCUAGUCGAGAAUGUGCUUGGCUAUAAGCUGUUGCACGAAUACCCUCAAUCAUGGCGUUUUGUGCGGGAAGAAAUGCUCAAGAUAGGCGCUUAA